UACAAAUGUCAAGAUUGUCUUGGGGAGCCACUAUAUUGCACUGGCUGUUGCAGGAGUCAACAUUGUCGCAAUCCUUUCCACUGGAUCAGUCAAUGGAAUGGUCAAUUCUUCAAGCAGAGUUGUCUCACCCAUGUCGGACUCAUCAUACACCUCAGUCAUGAUGGCAAACAAUGUCUGGUCCUCACAGAUAGGUGGGAUUUGUUUGAAGAAGACCAGCAUGAAGACCAGCUUGAGCCUGAAGAUUGA